AUGGCGGAGGUGGUAGGCACCGUCGCCGCCGUUGUCCAGUUCGUGGACGUAGCUUUGCGCCUUUCAUCCUGCCUCGAACGCUUCUGCUCGGACGUGCGCAAUGUACCGCGUCGUUUUGCUCAGCUUCAAACCGACCUACGUCAGCAAAUCGAGAUCGCCCAGCAUAUACGUAAUCACCAUUUGUCUGGCUUUGCAACGACAGUUUCAUCCUCCAAGUUUGACACGCCUCUACUCGAGUAUCUAGACCUUGCUGAGGAGCUCUGCAAGACACUGGAAGCAUUGCUCGCUCACAAGAACGAUUCAGUGCUGCAACGAGGCUGGGAUGCUAUUUGUUCUGUCCGUAAGAAGGAGGAAGUAGCAAGCACAUGCGAUCGACUCGAACAGAAGAAGAGCAUCCUCUCUUUAUGGUUGGAAGCAGCGAAUCUCAAGGUCGCAUCAAGUAUCGCGGCGACUACAGACCAGACGCAGCUUGAUGCUAGCGAGACCUUGACUCUCCUUAAGACAGUAGACAGCACGUCGAACAAGAUUGCAACGAGUACAGCACAACUGGUUCCUUGCGUCGAACAUAUCGACCAGAACCUAGCGAUCACUUCCACGAGAACAGAACGCAUCUUACAAGACACUCAACGCCUCCUGGCAGGAUACGAUGCGGAUAUAACAGCACGGAGAUCAAGUCGACAGGUCACGGAGAUGACCUUGACGAAUACACAGCAGAUUAUUGCGGCGAUGGAGAAGUUGACUGUGAGCCCAAGCAAACACAGUCCGCAUGGAGGCAGUGGCUACGUUAUGGACAACGUGUAUGUCGACUCCCAACUCCAAGCCACCCUAAAACAGUUUUUCGAUGACAGAGAAGCCUCUGUGCUAGACACCGAUAGCAAUGGGAAUACUCUCCUAAACAAGAUCAUAUGGCUAUGUACCGCCUUUCCUCCCAUCAUAUCCUGGGCUGGCGAUGAAUACGCUGUCCUCGUUCAGUUCCUAUUGGACAUGGGGGCUGACCCGAACGUUUUGAGGAUUCCGACGCGCGACGACAGCCUCGAAUACCAAGGAGCCUGCCAGGGCACCACAUUUGACCAGCUUGCAGACACGAUCGCGCAGGAUCUUUUCGGACAUGGCAACAAGAGACCGCUAUUUAUCGACAUUCUUGAACGAAUUAAACAUGCUGGAGGUCACUCCACGAGAGCCUACGUGCCCAAUUUGGUUCCAAGCUAUCGAUCUCGCGGGUUCCCCAAAGAGGCUCAGCAGCUGUCUUUGUUCGAAGAUCAGAUUGACAGUGCGUUUCCCUCCAUUAGAGGCAGUAGUAUCACUAAAAUUUCCCAGUUUUAA